AUGGAUAUUUCAAAUAACAUCGAGAUUCAGCGAUCUCAUUCUGCAAAACUGGAACAUUGGAAACCUUUAACCGAGGUGGUAGACGCCGUUAAUGGCGAUGCUUACGACCGACUAGCUACAUUCAUUCAUAAGCCAAUAUCGGAGCCAGAUACAGACCGUAGAAAAGCUUUCAUGAUUAGCUACCUAUUACCACAACGUAGUAAUUGGCUAAAAUUAAAAACUUUGGUCUCUUGGUCUGAAAAAGCUGACUUAGUACGCGACUAUGAGUUACAUUACGAGGCCGUACAAAGCCAAAAAAAUAUAAGUAGCCAAGUUGAGAGAAGUAUGCACGAUUGGAGUUUCUUUAUGCCCAGUUCUAGUCUACGGUCACCAGACAUCAUAAAUUCGUCUGACGUGCUUAAGGAGGGAACUUAUAAGAGAUUUCCUAGUAUGAUUAAGGAACGAUUUGCGCCUGACAUUCUGAACGACGACGAAGCUAAAGAGACAUUAGAAGCUUUAAAUGGUAUCAUCCAAUUACGCAUAUUAACACAGGAAAUAAUACCAGAGUGUAUGAGAAACUAUAGCAUUUCGAACGGUAAAAUAAAGUUCUUAGUUGACAAAGAAUUUGAGGUGGUUUUGACACUUUGUAAUAUUAUGGAAAUUAAUGAACUUUGGUGGAUGGUCGAUCUGAAUUUUCUCAUCCAAUCAGCAAGUGACAGAACAUUCAAUGAUGUGAAAUUCACAUUUCAUGAUGAUCAACUAUUGAGAUUAAAGGGAAUGAUUCAAACUCAGUUCUUGUCCCCACCACCACUGCCUAUUCCAGAAAGGAUUACGAGUAGUAUGAAACAUCCAGCAAUUUCCGAGGCAUCAGAGGUAUCCGCUUCACUGCAGGCAGCUAAAUUCUGUCCUUUGGUCAAUUUAUAUGAAUAUUUACACAAUUACUGUUUAGAUCUUCAACUUAAUAUAUUGUUUCAACAGGCAGUUAAUAUGAAACAAACGAGAUGGAUUAAUAAUUUUGAAAUGCUUAUGAAUGAAGAUGAAAGCGUUUUGAGGAUAUUUUAUUGGAGUUUUGUUAAGCAACCUGUGCCAGCGCAAAUAAACAUGCGUCCAAAUGUCCCACAUGCGUCGAAUUCAAUGUCUUCUGAGGUUAAAAACCACGAUAUUAUUGAAAUUUCUGUGAUAACUGAAGAGUCUGAUCGCCCUUUACUUUAUUCGUCAAAAAAAACUCUUAAAAGAGCACAUUGGUAUACUGAUACAAAGUAUGUGAAGCUUGGAGCUUUGAACGAUACUCGCGGAAUUAAUUAUCCGCAUAAAGUUUUACGCGUUCGUUGGACCGGGUUGAAAGGCUAUGAAGCUAAUGAAUGGAUAGUUGUUGAAUGGAAAUUUGACCCAACCAAUCUAAAUAUAGAGCAUUUAAUGUUGUCCAUAACGCAGCAACACGCUUGUUCAAUUAUCGAUAAAUUUGUUGAGAUUUUGAAAAAUGAUGAAGCGGGAGUUUACACUGAAAAUGACUUUGAAAUAGUCAACGAAAAUAAUGAGUUGGUUUCUGAUUCAGUUUCAGCGGAAUCAUCUUUCUCGGAUGAAGUGGCAAGAAAAUACCUAAUGGUACCAAAAUUGCGUAUAAGAUUAUGUGGCGAUUCAAAAAAUUAUUAUAUUAAAAUCGGAAUUGAUACUCGAAGCGGCAGGAUUUUUAUUGAAGACGAGAAUCAAGGAAUAGAGCAUGAUAAAAUUAAGUUUUGUGAAAACAAACUUAGCUACGAUCACAAUUGUUUAAUUGAUAUACUUAUAAUGUUGAGAUCUAUUGUAAUGAUUCCUCGACUGGAAUCGACGGCCAGAAAACUUUUCCUUGAUGUACCGCAAGAAAUAAUCUUAGACCCAGAUGAAAGGAGCAAGCUGUAUACAACUCAAAAUUUGAUCUUGGAAUUUUAUGACGUCAAAGACUUUGGUAAAAUGCUUUCGCGUAAGGUUAUUCCCGAUAAAGGGUAUUAUCUUAUUGCAGGAAUGGUGGCAAAUGGUAUAGUGUAUAGUCUGGCCACCUUUAGUCGUCUGCCUCCAACGAAAAAGUAUCUUCUCGAUGUUAAAAAUAAGGAGCCAACGCAUCGAAUCACUUCAAUUCAGACGAUUUGUUUAGGAAAUACAAUAUUUGAUAAAAAAUCAAAAAUAGAUGAUCUCUCAGAAAAAUCAACUCGACAAUUUCUCAAAUAUUCGAAUUUAUCUGAUCAUACUCGCAAGCGGAGUUUUGAUAAGAUGAAGGAAGAUGAAAUAGCUUCAUCUCCACCACGAUCAACAAAAAGGACAUUUGAAAUUUCGGAAACAAAUUUUAACUCGUCUGCGGUUGAAGAACUUUUACUUGCAAGAAUUGUGGCAAUAGCUCGAGCACGCAUAGAUUACGAGAAAGUAGAGGCUUGUUUUAACGAAAAAGAAGUAAAAUUAGAACCAGUCAGAAUCAGGGAGCAAAUAAAAGCCAUUAAACGUUUGUCACCUGAGGUGGAUUUUGAUAAAGAAAUCAAUAAGUCAUUGGAUUUUCUCGAUUCGAACGCUCCUUUAUCACUGUCUACUACGAUACCUACUUUCAAGAUUAACAUAAGGUCCCUGUUGGCAAGAUUUCCUAGGGCAAAUGAUUUUUGCUUGAAUAUAUUCAGUGACGUUUUUGUACGUCUUGCCGGUGCACGUUUAACAAAAACAACCAAUCCAGAGGUAAUUUUAACCACUUGUCUGCAAUCUAGAUAUUUACCGAGGAUGGUUGAUGUUUUCUUAAAUACCAAUAUUAUCUACGAUCAGCCAUCAGGAAUUUUGACUUUCAGAUAUGAUUAUAAUAGCAUAAAGAACUUUGUGGAUACAUUCCUUGAAGAUUUUGAGGAGAUAGUUAUGGUGACACAGGCAGCCUGCGAGUGUAAACGUAUAUUUAGUGAUAAGAAAAGAUCUGAUAUUAAUAUACUCAACUUUGAUUUUGAUACGCUAAAAUUGCAGUAUUAUCCGUAUGGCGCCGAUAUAAGCUGGCGUAAAAAUGAAUACACCUUGGUUUUACACGAUUUUGCGACAGAAUAUUAUACAAAGAAAGACUUUUCUAAUCCACACAAGGACAAGUUAUUUGCAUUCUUAAAAGAGGAGUUAAAUUCUGCAUAUGUGCAUAACUUCAACAAAUUUAUCGAUAGUUUGAGAAUUGUUCCUUCAGUAGUUCGCUUCCUCGAUAGUCUUUCAAUAAAGGACGAUUAUUCCUGUGAACUACAAGUUAUUCCCAAAGGUGCGAUCAAGUUCCACCUUAUCUGGGGUUACAGCAUCUCACCAAACGGACAACAAACUUGGUGUGGAAUGGAUAUCAGUUUCGUACAAGCCGAAGAUGAUGCUUAUUUCUUCGCAUCUGAUCUCACUAACCUAAAAGAAUAUCGAUCUCUUAAACCCGAGAAGAUGCCCAUCUGGCAAGCAUUUGGGCAAGAAUUCAUUAAGCAGGAAGUAGGGCUCAAAAAGGUUGAAAUGUUGACAUCGGGAUUUAAGAGUCCCGUCAAUGUCAACUUUGAAAAAAUAAUGAGCUGGAUUGAUGAAAAUGUUCGGAAGCGAUUUUCAUGGAAUCACUCCUAG